CGGAGUAACGAGGAUGAUAUCUGUCCUUUCACAUACUUAGCGGGCGAAGUGUCGUGUGUGUUUGAGGGCUUUUGCACCUCAAUUAGACUUUAAUCGUACGAAUAGCACGAUAUCUAAAAUAUGGAAGAAUAUGCACGAGAACCAUGUCCCUGGCGAAUAGUCGACGAUUGCGGAGGUGCCUUUACGAUGGGGGUCAUAGGCGGGGCAAUCUUUCAAAGCAUCAAAGGCUUCCGUAAUGCACCAAGUGGAUGGAGGCAGCGUUUUACAGGCAGUGUCGUAGCGAUUAGGCAACGAGCACCUAUCAUCGCUGGAAAUUUUGCUGUAUGGGGCGGAAUGUUUUCCACAAUUGAUUGCACAUUAGUCCACUUUAGAGGAGGAAAGGAAGAUCCUUAUAACUCUAUCAUCAGUGGUGCCGCAACUGGUGGAAUUCUAGCGGCGAGAAACGGCCUACCAGCGAUGGUAGGCAGUGCAAUCAUUGGCGGAGUGCUCUUGGCGCUGAUAGAAGGUGUAGGAAUUUGUUUCACACGUCUCUCUGCUGAACAAUUCAAACCACCGUCACUGGUUGAAGAUCCAUCGCAACUUGGCCCAUCGCAACAAGGCUAUCCAUCAUAAUGUUCAACCAAAUCCUUUAGAUUUAUUUCAAGUUAGAACGAAAUGUUCAAGUAACGAUGCUUGAUAGUGCUUUGCGUCAUAGCAUCGCUUGAACGUCUCCUUUUGCCAAUGUUAAAUUUAUGCAGCAUGGAAGUCUUAGACCUAAGAUUGAAUAAUAUUUUAGUUGUUUUCUUA